UGGAAGGGGUAAACGUAAUGUUUGGCACCCAGGUGGACUUCAUGGAGUACGAGCUGUCUAAAGCGGAGAUACUGAGAGGAAUCGUUACCGAGAAGCUGUCGACGGCAGCGCGGGAGAUCUUCGCGGUGGUCGAGAGAACCGUGGCCGGGUAUGAGGAGGAGGCGGCGGGUACGAGGCAGGAGAUCGACCGGCCUAGAGUCAUUCUCUGUCGGAUAGGUGAGAUAGUGAGAGGAAUCGUUACAGAGAAACUGACAACAGCCGGAUGGGAGAUCUUCGCAGUCGUAGAGAGAACCGUAGCCGGGUAUGAGGAGGAGGCGGCGGGUCUGAGGCAGGAGAUUGACCGUCAGAGGAUCCAGCUGGAGGCUAUUCUUCGUCCUCGGGUCACUCUCUGUAGGAUAGAUGAACCUGAAUGUGAAGAGGAGGCAGACUGGGAAGGUGGGAUAUUAGAGGAGGAAGGCCGGCAGACACAUGGGAACAAUUCGUGGGGAGGACUCAGCAGCCACAAUCAGUAUAAUGAGGAGUCACUGGCCCCCUCAUUUCAUGAAGACAUUAAGGACCCAGAUUUCCAGAUGAAAAAUACAAGACGUCCAGCGUUGAAGAAAAGGGGCAGGACUACUGCCUUUAUAAACCUCAGAGUCUGCCUGCUGCAGGACUCCAACAUCAACAUUCUUAAAAAAGGCGUGUUAAAGUCACAGUUAAAGGAGGUGAGGUGUCCUCGGGGCCUGCAGGAGGCAGAGUUCCUGGACCUGCUGAAGGUGUCCUUCCCUCAGUUGAUGGGAGAGUUUGAUGUUUUUACUAUAAAUCCCACCAGAAGACUGAAACCUCUUAAACUAAAGGUUAUGACUCCAGAGGAAAUUCAAAAGGCUCUCAAGUCCGAGGGGAAAGGAAGAUCUGCGCUUUAUAUACGGCUCAAGGGGCCAAAUGAACCCCUGAGCAGCCAGGACACAACAAAUGAGGAGAAACCACAGGCAAGUCCCGAAGGAGCGGAGAGCAAUGAAUCCGAUCAUCUGAUCAUUCAGUCGGACCGCUCUGCAGCCGACAGCGACAGUGAAGAUGUUGAUAACGAGGAGGAGGAUGAUGAAAAAGAUGUAGAGUGGAAACCAGGCAGUGAAGAUGAGCUGAAAGACAAGAUUUCUGGACCGCACUCCUCGAAGAGAAAAAAGAAAGCACAAGUCAAACGUUCUGUUGUCAAAAUCCCCAAAAGUAAACCAACCAAGGCCUCUCUGCCAGUUCCUCUGUCCUGUCAAGUCUGUAAAACUCUGAGGUGGUCCAAUAACAAGCUGAUCAAGCAUUCAUGGAUCCACGUAGAGGAGGCAGAGAGACUCUGUGGAGUCUGUGGAGAACAGUCAGAGUCCACAGAGGAGCUGAAGAAUCACCUGGAAAGUCACAAGAAAACAUACAGCUGUGACAUCUGUGGAAAGAAAUUCCUCUCGAUUUAUAGUCUGCAGGGGCACGCUCCUAUACACACAGGAGUGAAACCCUUCAAAUGUGACGUCUGCGGUAAGGAGUUUCUAUUUAAGAAUACUUUAAGAAAUCAUCGAUGGGAACAUGUGGAGGAUAAACCCCACAAAUGUGAUAUCUGCAAUGAAUCAUUUGCCUUAAAAGCAAAGCUGAUGAUUCACAGCAGGUCCCACACUGAUACCAAGCCUUACAGCUGCGACUUGUGCGGUAAGUCCCUCUGUGACCUUAAAGCUCUAACGCGACACAAGCUGAUUCACUCGGGGGAGAAACGCCAUGGCUGUCAGGUUUGUGGGAAACUCUUUUUAACUUCUGGACAACUUAAAGUUCACGAGAAAAACCACACGGACAGGGACAAGACAUACCUCUGUGACAUCUGCUGCAAAAUGUUCCACACAAGAGGCCAGCUGAACGCUCACCUGAAAAUCCACAGUGAUGAAAAGGUGAUUUGCAGCGUCUGUGGCAGGGCGCUGUCAUCGAAAGGACAUCUGAAACGACACAUGAGGGUCCACAGCGGGGAGAGACCCUACAAGUGCUCGGUGUGUGGACGAACCUAUAUCUGCAGCAGUCAUCUCAACUUCCACCUGAAGCUCCACGCGGGCAUCAAGUCGUGUGUGUGCCAGGUGUGUGGGAAAGCGUUCUUCCGCAGGGAACACCUGAACAAUCACAUGAGGACCCACGAUGGGAAGAAGCCCUACAGGUGCACCAUCUGUGGAAGAGGCUUCACCCAGAGUCACUCCAUGAAAACACACAUGAAGAGGCAUCAGCAGAGCCAGCCGUGGAUGCACUGAUGGACUAACCUCCACGGGUACUGGACUGGUCUGGGAGAAGGACUUUGGUCCAUGUACAUAAUGUCUGGUUCUUUGUACAGAUGCCUUAGUCUUUUGUGUCUUGGACAAGAAAUCAACACAAGGACGUUCUUUUGGAAAGACGCUUUGGCUCAGUCCCAUUUUUAGCUUUUACUCCUCCAUCCCAAGCCCCCCACUGCUUCAGCCUCCUGAUAGCCGUCAUCCAGGCCCAAAGCCUCAAAGAUCUCAAUGACACAGGAAGAAAUGAUAGCUCUUACAACACUGAGGGUUAUUAUCAGUUAAUUAGGUUAGCUUUAGCAAUGUGAGCUAUACCAAAUGUAGCUAACAUAGCUACUUAGAUAAUGUAUCUUUGUAGUUUACAAAACUUCUUUGUGUGCUCAGUUUUAGCUAUGGAAGCUACUUAGCUCUGUUAUCUCUAGCUAAGUCAGCUUCACCAAGCUGCGGGGAAUGUAGCGAAAGCUGACACAGCAACGUAAAUAACGUAUGUAAGUAGCUUACAUAGCUGCUUUGUGAACCUGAUUUAGCUACAUCAGCUACCUAGCUCUUUUAUCUAUACCUCAGAUUUAGUAACAUGAGCCCAAGCAAAUGUAGCUAAAGCUAUGGUAGCUACGUAGAAAUUGUGUCUACGUAUUUCACAUUGCUGCUUUGUGAGAUAAGCUUAAGCUUUGUUCAUCAUGUAGCGCUGUUAUCUAUAGCUUAGUUAGCUUUGGCAAUAUCAGCUUUAGCAAAUGUAGCUAAAACUAAUUUAGCUUUAUAGAUUAUUUAUUGUACAUAGCUGCUAUGUGAGCAUAGCAUAAACUGUUAUGUUGAUCUGUUAUCCAAAGCUAAGUAAGCUUUAGCAAGGUAAGCUUUAGCUAAUGUAGCUACAUUGAAAAUGUAUCUAACUAGCCUGCAUAGCUGCUUUGUGAGAUUAGCUUCAGCAACAUGAGCUCUAACAAACCUAGCUAUGGUAGCUACAUGGAUAAUAUCUCUACAUAUUGCACAUAACUGCAUUGUGAGCUUAGCUCAAGCUAUGUUUGUUAUGUAGCACUGUUAUCUAUAUCUUUGUUAGCUUUGGUAAUGUCAGCUUUAGCAAAUGUAGCUAAAGCUAACUUAGCUUCAUAGGUAAUGUAUCUACUUAUUGUACAUAGCUGCUAUGUGAGCUUAGCGUAAUCUGUUAGUUAUGUAGAUUUAUUAUCCAUAGCAAAGUAAACUUUGGCAAAAUAAGCUUCAGCAAAUAUAGCUACAUUGAGAAUGUGUUUAAUUAGCUUGCAUAACUGCUGUGUGAGCCUAGCUUUAGCAACAUGAGCUAUAGCAAACGUAGCUAAAGCUAUGGUAGCUAGGUGGAUAAUAUUGCUAUGUAUUGCACAUAGCUGCUGUGAGCUUAGCUUAAGCUAUGUUCGUUAUGUAGCGCUGUUAUCUAUAGCUAAGUUAGCUUUGGCAAUGUAAGUUUUAACAAAUGUAGCUAAAGCUAACUUAGCUUCAUAGAUAAUGUAUCUACUUAUUGUACAUAGCUGCUCUGAGCUUAGCAUAAUCUUAGUUACGUAGCUCUGUUAUCCAUAGCUAAGUUAGCUUUAGCAAAGUAAGCUUUAGCAAAUAUGGCUACGUUGAGAACAUAUCUAAGUAGCUUGCAUAGCUGCUUUGUGAGCCUAGCUUUAGCAACAUGUGCUCUAGCAAACGUAGCUAAAAUUAAUGUAGCUAAUUAGAUACUGUAUGUAUCACUAUCAUGCAUAGCUACUUUGUGAGCUUAGCUCAGGCUAUGUAGCGCUGUAUACGUGAGCUUAAGCAAAUAAGCUGAAACUUAUUUAGCUACAUAAUUAGAUAACAUCCACAUAGCUUACGUAGCUGCUUUGUGAGCUCAGUUUUAGCUACAUUGCUCUGUUAUCUAUAGCAUAUUUAGCUUUAGCAACAUGAGCUCCAACAACAGUAGCUAAUGCUAAUGUAGCUACAUAGAUGUACCUGCGUAUCACACAUAGCUGCUCUGUAAGCUACUGGAGCUACUUGGAGCUCUAAACAAUAACUCUAUAGAUAUCAAGUUCAAUCCUCUCGUGUCUGCUACAAAUAAAUCCAUAAAUGUGACCUGAUCAAACUUUAUAAAUGAACGUGAAGAGCUUCAUGACUCAGAUUAUACUACACACACAAUGGGACGCCACAUUUACUAUGAAUAACAUCAAAGAAAGCAUGCUCAGAAAACGAUAGUUUUAAGUGUGCCUCUUUGAAAACCUGCAGUCUAAUGUCACCCUUCCCCCCUUAAUUCCACAAAACUGGGACACCCUCCCCCAGAUGUGAAGGACCCAGGUCUAUAGGGCUGUGUUUGGGGUAGGGGUGUAGUGGGACUGAGCCAUUGUCUUUAAUUUUUCUCAGCUGUAGAAAGAAAAAACAAACUUGGUAUCCAAUGACCUGUUGAACCUGUUGAAUGUUUUAAGUGUCAAUGUUUAACACUACGUGCAUUACAUAUUAAAAAAAGAACCACGAGUAGAGUAGAUAAUGUUUUUGUUUUUGAAUGUUGUAAAUAGGAUCCCAGUUAAGCUUUUACUAACACUGAUACAUUUUAAUGUUGAUCGUUUUUGUGGGGAAAAAAAAGAAUGGUUGUUUUAAUGUUUAACACUUUUUAGUUUUAGGUUAUGACAUUUUUUUUUACUGAUGAUUUUGUUUUUGUUUGGAUAUUUUUUUAAAUUUUCAUUUUUAUCCUCUCACUAGAUUAGACUAUAUGUUUAUU